CGGUCGACGGGACCGCAGUCGCGAACAGUAGUACUACGUUAAACGUGUCGCUAGCCGUAUCCUUAACACUGCACGGUUGCUUGAAGGUCCCCGUCCGUUCUGAUCACGUUUGCGCCGCGUUCCGUAGCCUCGUGGUGUGCACCGCAAAUACUUGUCCGUCUUGUACCGUCCACAUUUAAAUAUUCGCACGUGCACGACGGCCCUAGAGUCGAAAUUUAACACGGUACCGAUUGUGAUACACACGUGCGAGCACCGUUACGCCGAUCACGGUGUGGGUGGGCGCACGCACAGUCCGCGGGACAGUGAUACGCAUCGUUCGAACGACGUGAUCGCACGGUGGUCAUGCGAGCCGUGGUUGGCGGCACCGCAGCGGAAGUAGCCGAGUUGAGCUGGUGACCAGACGACAUGAGAUACAGCGAGAGCAUGCUCGUGCCGCAGGAUAUGUUGCCCGCGCAGACAAAAAUGUCGUACCAGCUGUCCAAGUUUUGGGCGGAGAGGGUGAUGUGCCGGAAAGCGGCCACGGCCAAGACAAUCCGGGAAGUGUGCAAGGUGGUGCAGGAUGUGCUACGCGAGGUGGAAGCCCAGGAACCGCGGUUCAUCUCGUCGCUGGUCGAGUGCAACGGUCGGUACGAGGGCCUCGACGUGGUGUCGCCCACCGAGUUUGAGAUCGUGCUCUACCUGAAUCAGAUGGGCGUACUGAACUUCGUGGACGACGGCUCGCUACCCGGAUGCGCGGUGCUGAAGCUAAGCGACGGCCGCAAGCGCAGCAUGAGCUUGUGGGUGGAAUUCAUCACGGCGUCCGGGUACCUGUCGGCGCGCAAGAUCCGCUCGCGGUUCCAGACGCUGGUGGCGCAGGCGUGCGACAAGUGCGUGUACCGCGACUCGGUCAAGAUGAUCGCGGACACUAGCGAGGUGAAGCUGCGCAUCCGUGAGCGGUACGUGGUGCAGAUCACACCGUCAUUCAAGUGUGCUGGCAUCUGGCCCCGGUCGUCUGCGCACUGGCCGAUCACGCAGAUCCCAUGGCCGCACCCCAGCCUGGUGGCCGAGGUCAAGACCGAGGGCUUCGACCUGCUGUCCAAGGAGUGUGUGACGCUGCACGGCAAGCAGUCCGCCCUCGAGGGCGACGCGUGGGUCAUGUCGUUCACGGACGUGGAGAACCGGCUCAUGUACGGCGGAUGCCGCAAACGGUGCCUGAGCGUGCUCAAAACGCUCAGGGACCGACACCUGGACCUGCCUGGCAACCCGAUCACCAACUUCCACGUAAAGACGCUGCUGCUGUACGAGUGCGAGAAGCACCCGCUAGACGUGGAAUGGGACGAACCGUGCCUGAGCGACCGCAUCAACGGCAUCCUGCUGCAGCUCAUCUCGUGCCUGCAGUGUCGCCGGUGCCCACACUACUUCCUGCCGCACGUCGACCUGUUCAAGGGCAAAGCGCCCAGCAGCCUGGAAAACGCGGCCAAGCAGACGUGGAGGCUGACGCGCGAGCUGCUCACCAAUUCCAGGGCUUUCGACACGCUCUGAUCCAAUCCACGCCCACGGUAUAUCACACGCCGUGUAUACAAGCCGGUUAUUUAUUUUUGUUUUUUUUUUUUUUUUGUGGACAUUCACAAUAUUGCACACGUUUCGUUAUACUAUUACUAUUAUUAUUAUAAUGACGAUCAUCUCACGUUUUACAAGUGCAUAUAUAUCAUAUAUAUCAUAUAACAUCGUCGAUAUCGGGCCUCCAAUGAUAUCCCAUUUUAUAUGAGCAAUCGUCGCGGCGUAUAGUUUUUGUAACAUCCACGUGUUUCUCGAAAAUUAAUUGUUCUGUUAGUUCGCUAUUAUUUCGUACAUAACGUUAGAUUCGAUUUGCCGUUCAUACGCUGGUAGAGCAGACGUGCAGGGCCGGCUUUAGGUCUUUCAGCGCUCAGUGUAAGAAUUAUUUUAGCAAUCCUUCAUCUUAAACGACAAACAUUUAACUUAAACAGUCAGAAUUUUGGGAGCUGGAGUGGCUUCAUUAAACAAAUUAUAACUUAAUAUUUAGCAUGCAUAAUCAUAAAUGCUCAAAAUAAUUGUUCAAACUUGCAUAUUUGCCACAUAUUUAUAAUUCAUUCAGAGAACAAACAUAAUAAUACUUGUAAUAAUGUAAGAAUAUUGUAUGGAACUGUAAUUGUACCUAAAAGCGCGACCAAUCCUUGCAUGUUGAUGAAUAAUAAAUAAAUGAUAAUUAUAAUAAUAAUCAAAUCUA